AUGUCACUCUCGUUUGACAAGGAGCGUUCCGCUCGAGCCUCGAGUGAGUCUCUUAUUCAACACCACGAGCGACCGCAGGAUCGAAGACGGCGAUCAUGGAGCAUACGCAAGGCUGCGCUGGUGACUGUGGGUGUCUUGGUUGGAAGCCUGGAGCUGAUCGUGCUGGAAACGAUCCUCGUCCGCUGGGGCGAGGGCAAUAACUGCUCCCAAGGACCGCUACUGAGCGAGCUCAACAACCUCGUCCCGCGCUUCUCUACAAUACCUGUAUUAUUCCGAGAAGACAAACUUGCGACUGUCAAGGACAUGUCCGAGCGCUCAAGAAACGAGACGCAUGAUAACUGGUUAUCAUACAUGCCAAAGGGAAAUGGGUUCAUCGGCGUCAACAACUCUGAAACAUAUCAGCUGCCAGACCCGAUUUCUUUUCUAGGUCACGACGUCUAUUCCAUGGCAGUCUUCCACCAGCUCCACUGCUUGUAUCAAAUCAUGGACCGAUACAAUGCGCUGAGCGGCGGCUCUCCCGAGGCUCAUGGACACGCACACCCUGGUCGCUCGGAGGAACCCGAUGAUGGCGGACAGGAACAGGACCAGAGCUCGCACCGCCACAUAAAUCACUGCUUCCGAUAUUUGCGGCAAUCCCUGCUCUGCUGCGGCGACACCGCGCUGGAAGGGCAGGACCCGAACACGAACACUACAGCGACGGACGGGACGGGGGCGGUGCACAUGUGCAAGGACUUUGAGGCGCUGCGAUCAUGGGCGGAGAAGAACAGACUGGUGAACAAUCAGGCUGGAUUGUGA